AUGCCUCCAAUCGCCACGUCCUCCUCCACUCCCCUGACCAUCGCCGACUGGGUGGAAGUCCAACGACAAGGAGAUGGUCUGGCCCGGCUCCUAUCCGUCAUAGAGAGGGAGGAGAACGCAGCAUCGGUGACAUGGAUCAGCCUCGCUUCCCCGGAUCAGAUCCAGGCUCAGUGGGAUAGCCUUCAGGGAUUCGCCCCUGACAGCUUCCCACUCUUUGGUGUUCCGUUCGCUGUCAAAGACAACAUCGAUGCCGCUGGCUUCCUGACUACCGCAGGCUGCCCGUCCUUCUGCUCAACACCUGCCACCGAAGACUCUCCUGUCGUCGCGCGACUCAAGGCAGCUGGAGCCAUCCUGAUCGGCAAGACGAACCUAGACCAAUUCGCCACCGGCUUGGUCGGUACCAGAUCUCCAUAUGGCGCGGUGCCCAACUCGUUCGAUCCCUCCCGGGUCAGUGGCGGAUCCAGCUCCGGUAGUGCGGUCGUCGUUGCCCGUGGAGUCGUGGCUUUCUCUUUGGGCACCGACACGGCAGGUUCUGGCAGGGUACCCGCCGGCCUAAACAACAUAGUCGGGCUCAAGCCGACGCGAGGCGCCUUGAGUGCGAGGCGGGUGCUCCCGGCCUGCCGCACCCUCGACUGCGUGUCCAUAUUCUCCCUCACUGCUGAGGACGCAAGCCUUGUUCUCAGCGUGGUAGAAGGAUUCGACUCGCAGGACGCCUACUCUAGAUCGCGACCCGAUGACGUGCUAGAAGUACCGUUGACUGAACCUACGGUGGCCAUAUGUGCGGACCCGCCGUGGUUCGGCAAGGUGGAACAAAAAGAAGCGUACGAGAUUGCCCUUAACAAAGCCCGCAGCCUGGGGUGGAAGCUGGUGCCAGUUGACUUCACCAAGCUGUUCGCGCUGGCUCAGCUCCUAUACGAGGGGCCCUGGGUGGCCGAGCGCUACCAGGCCAUCCGCGACUUCAUCGAGACCGCAAAUCCCGAGGACAUGGAUCCAGUCGUCCGCGGCAUCAUCCUCAAGGCACGCGAGUUCAGCGCCGCGGACGCCUUCGAGGCCGAGUACCAGCGGCAAGACCUCACCAGAGGGAUCGAGCUCGCCUUUGCCGCGUACGACUUCCUGCUCGUCCCCACGGCCCCGGCGUUCCCAACCAUGGAUGACUUGGCCCGCGAGCCGGUCAAGGAGAACUCGCAGCUGGGCACAUAUACCAACUUUGUCAACUUCCUGGACUGGACGGCGCUGUCGGUCCCUGCAGGCUUCAGGUCAGACGGCCUGCCGUUUGGAGUCACGUUGAUAGCUCGGCGGUGGCAGGACUACUGCCUUCUGCAGUUGGGGGCGAGAUGGCUGAGCGGCGAGCCGAGGUUGCUCGGUGCCACCAAGUCUCUGCGGCUUGAACCGUGUCUCACCCCGAUUUCCACGAACAGGAACUCUGCAAAGGAGAAGGUUCCGAUUGUGGUGGUCGGUGCCCAUCUCACUGGCCUUCCUCUCAACAAAGAUCUUGUUGAGCGAGGGGCCUCUCUCAAUUAUUCCUCAAAGACAUCCGACAACUAUCGCCUGUAUGCACUCAAUCCCCAGGGCGGAGUUAGGAGGCCGGGCUUGAAACGCGUGUGCUCAGCCGAAGAAACGGGAGCAAAGAUUGAAGUCGAGGUCUGGGAUCUGCCGGCAGCCAACGUCGGAAGUUUCAUGUCAACCAUCCCGCACCCCCUCGGCAUUGGCUCCGUCGAGCUCGAGGACGGCACUUGGACCUUGGGUUUUAUCUGCGAGCCCAAGGGACUUCAAGAUGCCAAGGACAUCACAGAGUUUGGGGGGUGGAAGUCGUACUUGGCAAGUUUUGCCAGCAAGGCAGAUGCGUCCGACAUGUCACCAAUAAUAAUGCCCAGCAGGGUUGCCGCAAAACAAAUCACCAAGGUUCUAAUAGCCAACCGCGGCGAGAUUGCCGUCCGCAUCAUCCGAACCCUCCGUAAACUAGGCCUACACUCCGUCGCCAUCUACUCCGACGCCGACUCCACCGCCCUCCACGUCCGACAAGCAGACACCGCCCUCUCGCUGGGCCCGGGCAGCGUCGCCGAGACGUACCUCGACAGUGCCAAGAUCCUCCGCCUCGCCGCCUCCGUCUCCGCCGACGCCGUCAUCCCGGGCUACGGCUUCCUCGCCGAGAACGCCGACUUUGCCACCGCCGUCGAGGCGGCGGGGAUGACCUGGAUCGGCCCCACGCCGGACCAGAUGCGCCGCCUCGGCCUCAAGCACGUAGCCCGCACCAUCGCCGCGGGCGCCGGCGUGCCCGUCGUGCCGGGAAGUGGCGGCGACGGCGACAGCGAGCUGCUGGCCGGCCUGGGCGAGGCGCUCGCGGCCGCCGAGCGCGUGGGCUACCCCGUCAUGCUCAAGAGCACGGCGGGCGGCGGCGGCAUCGGGCUCGAGCGCUGCGACGGGCCCGAGGCGCUCGCGCGCGUCUUCGACAAGGUGCAGCGCCUGGCCGCGGCCAACUUUGGAGACGGGGGCGUCUUUGUCGAGCGCUUCGUGUCGCGGGCGCGGCACGUCGAGGUCCAGAUCGUUGGCGACGGGGCCGGCCGCGUCUGGGCGGCCGGCGAGCGCGACUGCUCCCUGCAGAGGCGACAUCAGAAGGUUCUGGAGGAGUCGCCCGCGCCGGGCCUGCCGGAGGCUGUGCGAGAGGGCAUGAGGAAGGCUGCGAUGGAUCUCGCAGCCGCUGUCCAGUACCGCAAUGUCGGCACGGUCGAGUUCAUCUAUGAUGUGGAGGCGCAGGCCUUUUACUUUCUCGAGGUGAACACGCGGCUGCAGGUUGAACACACUGUCACUGAGUCCGUGACUGGUCUGGACCUAGUUGAAGUGAUGGUUCGAGUGGCGGAGGGUCGCGUCGAUAAGAUUGCGAGUCUGGCUGCGGCUUCGAAUGGUGUUGUUCCGACUGCUGGGGCGUCUGUCGAGGUCCGCAUCUACGCUGAGAGCCCACUACAAGAAUUUCGGCCUCAGUCCGGCCGGAUCCUGGAUGUUACUUUCCCUUCGAAUGUUCGAGUCGAUACUUGGGUGGAGAAGGGUACUGUUGUCACACCUCUGUACGAUCCUCUUCUUGCGAAGGUGAUCGCCAUGGGAGAGGAUAGACCUACCGCCCUCCAACAGCUCUUAUCAGCUCUAUCAGAGCUUAGGAUAGUCGGAAUCGAGACCAACGUCAAGUAUCUGAGAGGGGUCGUAGCAUCCGAGGUUGUUCAGAGUGCCGACUUCUCUACCAACAUGCUCGACUCACUGGAUAUUCCAAUUUCUGCUGUCGAGAUACUAGACGCAGGACUUGCCACAACAGUCCAAGACUACCCCGGUCGUACAGGGCUCUGGCACGUCGGUGUUCCUCCAUCCGGACCCAUGGACGACUACUCAUUUCGCCUCGCGAAUCGGGCUGUAGGCAAUGCUCCAGAUGCCCCAGCUCUCGAAUCAACUCUCCAGGGACCAACCCUACGCUUCCAGACCGAGUCUCUCGCCGUCGUCACCGGUGCCCAUGGCGAUGUUCACCUAGACGAGCAGCUUCAGCAAUCUGGCAAGCCCUUCGUUGCCCGAAGUGGUCAAGUCCUCCGCGUCGGCAAGGCUCGCUCGGGAUACCGUUUCAACAUUGCCGUUCGUGGUGGGUUUGACGUCCCUUCCGUGCUAGGAAGCCGGUCGACAUUUGAACUGGGCGGAUUCGGCGGUCACAACGGACGCAAGCUGCACAAUGGCGACAUACUCGGCAUCGGAUCCAUGAUACACCCGACACAGGAGCCUGUAGCUGCUGUUCCAGCGGCGCCUAUAACCACUACACCGACGCCGCUCUGGCACAUCGGCGUAAUCCCUGGGCCUCACGGGGCACCGGACUUAUUCACUCCCGAGGGGCUAGAGAGACUGUUCUCGGACGAAUGGACAGUCCACUACAACAGCAACCGGCUGGGCGUGCGCCUGACCGGCCCGAACCCCAGCUGGGCGCGGGAGACGGGCGGCGAGGCCGGGCUGCACCCGUCCAACAUUCACGACGCGCCGUAUUCGGUCGGAAGCGUCAGCUUCACUGGCGACGAAGCCGUAGUGCUGACGCGCGACGGCCCCAGCCUCGGCGGGUUCGUUGUCUUUUGCGUGGUUGCAAGCGCAGAGAUGUGGAAGUUGGGCCAGGUGAAGCCUGGAGAUAGACUCAAGUUCCAGCCGAUUCCCAUCUCGAGUGCCGUCGAGGCGAUUGCGCAAAUGACACAGGCCAUCAAUAGCGCGGAACCUUUCGAACUUGUCAAGAGCGACAGCGAUGUUCCCAGAGGCGAGAUUAUUUCAGACCGCCGCACAGAUAUCGGCCGCGGGAUCACGGUGCGCCAGGCCGGCGACUGUGCCAUGCUCCUCGAGUUUGGAAACGAGAGCGUCUUUGAUCUCAACCAGAGCCUCGCCAUAUUCUCCUUCAUCGAGGCGCACAAGAAGAGCCCCAUUCCAGGCGUGGCAGAGCUGACGCCAGGUGUCCGCACAUUGCACGUCAUCUACGACAAAGGUAUUCUGCCAAGCUCGAUGCUCUGCGCGCUUUCUGUGCAUCGCUUUGAGAUCUGCCGUCGCGUGCCCUCCCGCCGCUUCUGGCUCCCGAUAGCGUUUAACGACUCGGCCUGCGACAAGGCCGUAUCGCGAUACGCCACUACGAUCCGCUCUGACGCCCCGUAUCUGCCCAACAACACAGACUUCCUGCAGCAGCUCAACGGGCUCGAGGAGGGAGGCGUCCAGAAGAUCCUCAGCGAAGCCGAGUUCCUGGUCCUUGGUCUCGGCGACGUCUUUCUAGGCAGCCCUUGCGCCGUGCCGCUCGACCCGAGACACCGCCUAUUCGGGACCAAGUACAACCCUUCACGCAGUUUCACUCCCCGUGGAGCAGUGGGGAUUGGUGGCCAGUACAUGUGUAUCUACGGUAGCGAGAGCCCUGGAGGGUACCAACUUGUCGGUCGCACACUACCCAUCUGGGAUGAUAUGAAGUUGCUCUCUGAGCCGGGACAAGACAAGCCGUGGCUCUUUCGUUCGUUCGACAGGAUUUCAUUCUACCCUGUCACCGAGGCGGAACUCGAAGCAAAUAGGAGCAACCCGGCAGCCAUGAUCCAAGUUGACACAGAUGCGGUGCUGGAUAUGGACGAAUACGAAGCGUGGAUUGCUGGCAUUCAAGAAGAGGUUACGGAGACGGCGGCACAGAGAGCCAAUGCCAUAUCCAGCGCCCCAUUCUUCAAUAGAUUGCUAUCACCGCCUCCGCAGCAAAAGUUCGUUGCGCGAAGUACUGCUGAUAGGCAACUGCUUGGUGGCGAACAGGUCCAUGCCGGCAUCGCCGGUCGUUGUUUCAAGUGUUCAGUGUCGGAGGGAGACCGGGUAGAGGAGGGAGAGCCUCUGCUCUGGCUGGAAAGCAACAAGAUGGAAAUUCUGAUCAGCAGUCCAUGCUCUGGUGUUGUGGUGUCGCUGGACGUCCAGGAUGGAGACCUUGUCAUGCCUACGGAUGUACUGGCAGUAAUCGCUGCUUGA